AUGAAGAAAGUCAACUUUGUGUCUGCUGAAGAGAUGGAACCAGUCCAAGAAGGGGAGGAUACACAAUUUGCUGAAGUGUGCUACAUGAGCAAUGGGCAAGGAGGUUACAACAAAGGAUACUAUAAUUACAAGUCCAACCCAGCCAUGUCAUACCGAAACACUGAUGUUGCUAACCCUCAGGACCAGGUCUAUCCUCAACAACAGCAAGCUCGAUCGAGUCAAGCCCCACAACAUGGGUAUGGUCAAAAGAACAAUUACCAAGGCCCCAAGGGACUUUUCCUGAUUGAGAAUCUCAACACAAGAGUGUACUCUCUGGAGAAUCAUGCUUCUUCUGUUGCUGCUGCUACAAAGCAAGGACAACUACCUGGUAAAGCUAUUCAGAACCCCAAGGAACAGUGCAAGGUCAUCUUCACUCAAGAAGGACUUGAUGAAGAAGAGGAUCAAGAGAGAGUCAUGGAAGAGUUUUGUUUGCUGCUGAAUGAUGAAGAGAUUGUUGCUGCUGAGGCUCCUGGAGUCCAGAUUGAUCAACCUGAAGUGCAGCACCUACUGUAG